AUGGAUGAGAAAAGCUUCAUUUGGGCUAGUCUAUUUUUGUCUUUAAUUUCAAUCACAAUCAUCCUUGGAUGGAUAGUUACAAGAAAACCUAGUGUCAAAGUCUACCUUUUGGACUUUGCAUGCCAUAAACCGCCAUCUUCUCAGACCAUCUCCAAAGCUGAAUCCUUGGCUCGAGCCAGAUUGCGCUGGAAAACCCUAAAACCAGAGACUUUGGACUUUUUCAUCACCACCAUUGAGCGGUGUGGUUUAGGCGAUUCAACCUACGUGCCCAAAGGGUUUCUCGAGGAACCCAUGGAUGUGAGCUUGGCUGCAGCCAGACGAGAGAUUGAACAAGUCAUAUUUGGGGCGGUGGAUACUCUCCUGACCAAAACUAAAAUAAAGUGCGAGGAUAUUGGGAUCUUGGUGGUUAAUUGCUGCAUUUUUGACCCUAUCCCAUCUCUCUCAUCCAUGAUAGUGAAUCAUUACAAACUUAAGGAUGAUAUUCGCAGUUAUAGCCUUAGCGGGAUGGGAUGCUCCGCAAGCCUUCGUGCUAUUGAUCUCGCCAAACAGCUCCUACAGGUGCACCCGAAUUCAAAUGCACUAGUGGUUAGCACAGAAGGUUUGACACAACAGAGCUAUACAGGAAAUGAUCGUUCCAAGUUCAUAAUCAACAGCCUAUUUCGUGUAGGAGGUGCCGCCAUGCUCCUAUCUAACCGCCUCCCUAAUCGUCAUGAUUGCAUGCCCAAGUACGAGUUGAUCCAGUCCGUCCAUACCCACAUGGCUGGUAGCUCGGACAGCUCGUACCGAUGCAUCUACAUGGAAGAAGACGAAGAAGGGGAGACUGGUGUGAGCAUCGGGAAGGACUUACUCGGGGUGGGAGCCAAAGCCAUAAGAUCCAACAUAACAUCGUUAGCUAGGCUGAUUCUUCCGAUAGGGGAAAAACUUCGGUACAUGUCGGGCUUCUCAUCAGAGCCGGACAUGAAGAGGGCGUUUGAACAUUUCUUGCCGCAUGUGGGAGGGAAGCCUUUGUUGGAUGAGUUGCAAAAGAGCUUAGGGAUAAGCGAUGAAGGCAUGGAACCUUCUAGAAUGACUCUCCAUAGGUAUGGGAAUGUGUCGAGUAGUAGUGUUUGGUAUGAAUUUGCUUAUGCGGAAGCGAAAGGUCGCGUGAAGAAAGGUGAUAGGGUUUGGCAGAUCGCAUUCGGGGCCGGGUUCAAGUGCAGCAGCAUUGUUUGGAGAGCGUUGAGGAGCGUGAGCGCGGAUGAUGAUGAUGAUAUGUUCAUGAAUCCGUGGAAAGAUGAGAUCGAAUCGUUCCCUGUUGAGACGAAGAGCAUGGGAAGUUUUGCAUUCUACUUGCGUCCUUCAGAUGAAUUCGUUGAUGAAUGA